UGCGAAGUAGAAAGUACCUUUCCCUUACACAUUAAGCGAAGAAAUAUGCCUCCUACUACAAAGGCGUUUGAUUAUUUAGUUAUUGGCGGUGGAAGCGGUGGUCUUGCCUCUGCUCGACGUGCAGCCAAAUAUGGUGCCAAGGUAGCUUUGGUUGAAGCUUCUGGCCGUUUGGGUGGUACUUGCGUGAACUAUGGUUGUGUUCCCAAAAAAAUUAUGUGGAAUAUAGCCGAUUUAGUUGGCAAGAUGAAAACGGCGCCCCAACAAGGUUUCCCAGAGAGCAACGUUGGCCGCUUUGACUGGGGUCUUAUAAAAAAGAAGAGAGAUGCUUACAUUAAAAGACUAAAUGGAAUUUAUGAGCGUAAUGUCGACAAGGAUGGUGUUUCCUAUAUUUCUGGUCAUGCUAGCUUUGUUUCACCCACUGAAGUUGCCGUAGAUAUGUUGGACGGCUCUGGCGUUCAAACAUUCUCUGCAAAACACAUUCUCAUUGCUGUUGGUGGUAGACCUAUCUGGCCAUCUCAUAUUCCCGGUGCCGAAUACGGUAUUGACAGUGAUGGAUUCUUCGAAUUGGAAGAACAACCCAAGAAGGUUGCUGUUGUCGGUGCUGGAUACAUUGCUAUAGAGUUGGCUGGUGUUUUUGCUGCUCUUGGUACAGAAACCCACCUGUUUAUUCGCCAAGAUAAGUUUUUGCGCCGUUUUGAUCCAGUCAUCAGCGAUGAAAUUAUGAAGUACUUUAAACACAUUGGUAUCCAAAUCCAUAGUAAUUAUCACGAGUUUAGUAAGGUUGAAAAGCUUCCUUCUUCUCAAUUGCGUCUUCAUAACAAUCAAAUUACUUUAGAUGUCGACAGCCUCCUUUGGGCCGUCGGUCGUACCCCCAAGACUGAGGGUUUACGUCUUGAUCAGGCCGGCGUUAAGACCCUUCCUAGUGGUUAUGUAAUUGCCGAUGAAUACCAGCGCACAAAUGUUCCUUCUAUCCUUUCUUUGGGUGAUGUUGUUGGCAAGCUUGAGCUCACCCCUGUAGCCAUUGCUGCUGGUCGUCGCUUGUCUGAUCGACUCUUUGGAGGAGUUAAGGAUGCUCAUUUGGAUUAUGUUAAUGUUCCCUCUGUUGUUUUUACUCAUCCCGAAGCUGGUACCAUCGGUUUAACUGAACAAGAAGCUAUUGAUAAAUAUGGCGAAAACCAGAUUAAGGUCUACAAAUCCACUUUUAGAGGUCUCAAUUAUGCUUUGGUUGAAGAAGAGGAUAAGGUUCCUACUACUUAUAAAUUAGUAUGUGCUGGUCCUCUUGAAAAGGUCGUUGGCUUGCACUUGGUUGGUGACUUUUCUGCUGAAAUUCUUCAAGGUUUUGGUGUAGCUAUUAAGAUGGGUGCUACCAAAUCCGACUUUGAUAACUGCGUCGCAAUUCAUCCCACUUCUGCAGAGGAAUUGGUAACUUUAGUUUAAACAUAUUCACAUUUUCUAUUUUAAUCCAUUUGUCCGUUCCUUUUUCAAUCUUAUAUACCUGAGACACAAAUAGAAUAAGAUUUUGUAAAAAUUUAAUAUUGAGAGAAAUUUAUUUACUAAAUAAUAUAUCGUUUAAGAAAG